AUGGUCGAAGUCCACAGCCAUCACAUCAAUAUCAAUGAGGGAGACUGCGCAGUGCAUCUCCUUGUCUCGCUCGACAACAAUGGUCACCGGUCAAUCGAGAGCGCCGUGCUGCUCGACGGCGGGCGACGCGAAGGGGCAGGGCAUAUCCGCAGCAUGGUUAACUGGCUCAAGAAGGGAGAAAUGUACAUCCAUUCCGAUACCCUGAUCUUCACCAGCAUUGUCAUCUCCCACUGGGAUGGGGACCACAUUUCCGGGGUCGCGGGGUACCUCUAUGAUGAGAUCGACGCCACUCUCAGAGCGUUCAUCAAGGAUAACAAGAUUGACAAUGAGCAAACGCUGCAGGACCAAAUCCGCGCCAGCAACGUACCUCUUCCAUCGGUGAGGCCCGGUCAGACUCGUACCUAUGCCCCAUACAUCUAUCCAAACUACGCAAAUACCCCUUCUGCGUUCGCAAGGCCUCCUGACAAUUGGUACUUCGUAUCCGAGGAGAAGACUCUUCCCGGCGGAGGCACAAAAGACGAACACCAACUGUAUAUCCAAUGGACAUACCGGCAUUCUACAUUCGACUCUCAGCCUUGGGUAUUAUAUGUCCCCAUUGGCGAGUUUGAGUUCGGCACGACCUUGCUGGGUCGGGACUUCUUCACGCAUUGCCAAGCUUUCCAGGGGGCCUACGCAGCCACAUCACCCAGGGAUGUAAGCAGCAACAUCCAAAGGCCGGUCAUGUUCUGUGUCGCGGCUGAUUCUCUCUUUUGCGCCCACGACGAGGUGCAGCGGCGAACCACCGACAUGGUGUGGGAUGCAGCAGACCUCAAGAAAAUAUACCUCAAACCCAGAAAUAGUGUGGCUGGUGUCUCUAGCAUUGACGGCACGACAACCGGAAACAACGAAGCCUCAAUUGCGUGUAUGAUCUUCUGGCCCCUGGAUGGCCAGGGCCAAGCGCGCGUUACACACUGCUUUUCAGGCGAUCUGGGAGACAAGAUGGAGGAUCGACUGAUGCGCUGGGCGACCAACGACGAUCCUAACAGUCCGGCCGACAUGCGAUAUCCCCAGAAGAUGGAUUGCAUCAAGCUUUCCCACCACGGUGCCAAAUUCUCGACGCCAUUGCUCAUGCUCCCCGCCUGGAGGCCCGAGAACAUCAUCGCGCCGAAUGGAAUGCAUGCAGGCCAUAAUCAUGUGGCUUACCCAACGCUCCUGCUCAUUCAUGCCUGGACGCACUGGAGGGCCGCGGUGACUGGAGAUGGCGAUCUCAACCGGCUAUGGUGCCUCAACUUCCCAAUCUACCUCGCUCGAUAUCUUGCGAAAGAUUUCAAUGUUCAAGACUUUUCCACGUAUUGUGGUGACCUGAAGCCGCUUGAAAAUGGGCAGUGCGAAGACUGGAAGGAAAUGAUCCGGAGAAUGUGGUCUCAAGCUGGGAAGCUGAAAGAUCACCGCAAUAUCCUCAACUGGUACUGGACGACCGGGGGCUGGGAGAAGCUUGCCUUGCACCUGGUUACCAUGUUGAGCGACUACUGGGACGAGUAUAAUGCCCUCUUUUCCGGCACCUAUGUCGUUGAGCUUGAAGCGUUCCCCGCGGGGAAUAAGCCGGUCUAUACAGACCAGAUUGUCCGCGUCAUCAGCGUGGUUCAGAACGCAACCCAACAAAGCGAGGUCAUUUACAAAGUUGGAAACGUGACCAAGUCGCGGUUCAGUCGCAAGAAGGGGUGGUGGGUAGACAAUCAAUCUCUGCUCUACAGCGAGGACUGGAUUCUGGCCGAGGAUGAUGGUCAAAUCCAUUCAGAGGCACAAGAACUAGGAAUCAUGGCCAAAAUGGCCCUCAACGACCGCACUAGCGCGCCCCUCAACUCCAUGCGGCAUCACAAACGACCUUUUGGUGGGCUUUUCCUUUCAAGGUCGGUGGGAGAAGCAAUGUGGAAGGAUAUAGCCGCCUCUGUCAAAGCUCAGACCCUCUGCCUCCCCCCGGCACUCCCCGCCCAUUCCUCGCAGCCCACACCAGAUUAUGUUAUUUUGGAAAACGACGCACGCAGUUUCAUAGCCACGACGACGGUAAUUGUCAAUGGUCCCGACGAACGCUGCAGCAAAGCAGCCGAGGAUAGCAAUCUUGACCUGUUUCUCGAACGUCUCCACACGGGGGCGCUGGCAUUCCCGGGCGAUCUGGCCGAGGGGCAGCUCACGCUUGAUGAAUCGGAUGAGCUGGUCCAGUUUUUGCAGACAUGUUUCCCAGGGACUGGAGAAGAAACUACUCAGGCUAGGAUCUCUGCAUCCAUUCGUGGCGCUACGGUGUCGGGAUUCGAUACGCAGCUUUACCUCCCCUCGGCCAGUAAUGGGCUUCUUGCACUCACCUUUGGCACACAGCACAACCAGAGGUCGUUCAGUCGUAAGGGAAGUACCCUCCCAGGUUGGCUAUUGGGCACAGGAGAGUCCAAAGGCGUAGUGGACUGUAUCGGCCCGGCACAGAUGAUUGUCCAAGGGCUACGUCCGGCCACUGUUGCGAUCCAGUUGGCAGAUAUCCUGCAAAUAUUCAAUAUUGAUGCCGCACCAAUCAUUAAAGAAUUUGCAAAAGCGGCCGAGUUCACCAUCGUUGAUGAGGAGGGAGCCCGUAACGCGCUGUGGUUCAUCCCCGAGAUUACGCACACGGCCACCCUCCGGAUGGUGUUCCAGUCUACGGGCACGGACCCUGCAGCUGGAUUCGCCAGGGAGCUGGUGGCGGUGCUCAAGUCGUUCAUGGAAGCCCUGUCCCUGCCAGACAUCUCGAUCAAGCCGCCUCGGAUCAUCGCGAAACGGAAAUGGACCGUGGACGCCACGGCACCCGCAGGCACCGUUGGUGCGCUGCAGUCGGAAUCCCAACUGGCCUUUACCAUCCCCAUGCAGUUCUGCGUUGUCAAGCCCAACGGUCAAGGUGAAGGCGGCAAGACUCUCACGCUGGAGACGGCGUUGGUUUUCAGUGAGGGCGAUAGACUGGUGAGCAUCGCGUUCGGUGCCGACGCUGCUGGGGUCAGCAUGGGCGACCUGCUGGCAUUUGUGGGGAGCGCCUUUCGAACGGGGACACCGGAGAUUCAGAAACUGUUUCCAAGCGUCUUACUCGAUGGAGUACGGCUGUUGCGAAUCCUCGUGGAGUCGAUCAAAGGGGAAACCAUCGUGACGCUGGAUUUCCAAGUCCAUUGGGCUGCGCUGACCUUGAAAUGCAUGCUCCAGUACAACCUGACCAACAAGGACUUUUUGUUUGCCGGUCGGCUGUUCAACGACAAUCGACCAGACAGCCUCCCUGCUCCCUUUUCGUUUAUCCCAUACAUGCCUGAUUAUGAACAAUGGACGGUGUCAGAGCGCGUUGCCAGCACGAAACCCAGCGGAGAAGAGGGCGAGGACGAGUCGCCCGGACGCGCGAAUCUGCAGACACUGUAUCAGACCCUCACAACAAGCCAAGAGCAACGAGCCUUGGGCCAUGUGACCAGCCUCAAUCCGGGCCCAUUUGAUAUGGAGCUUCUCUGCUUGAACUGGUCAUUCUCCAAGCCGUUGAUCUGCUUCGACGCCCAAGUCGUCUGCCCCCUCGACCAGAUAAAUCCUUAUAGGCUGCCGCCAAUUCGGCUUACAGCUGGCCGCCUGAUGCUGCACUAUGACUACGGGCGGGACCUCUUCGCUGAGCGUGUUCAACUGUUUGCGAUCUCGGCUUCAUUCACCCUCACCGCGCCUCCUAGAACCAGCCCUCCAAACGACAUCCCCCCGCCUUCCGCCACGUGCAGUGCCCUCGUCCAGUACUCUGAUCAGAAAUGGCGGCUAGCAGGCAGCCUGACGGGGCUGACUGGAGAGCUCCUGUUCAGCCUUUUCGACGCCGAUUGCAACCAGGAGCUCAUGAAUCUGCUGCGCCAUAUCUCUCUUGACCUUGCCCUCGACUACCAGUACGACGCAGCCGGCAAGGCUAGGCAGUUUACCGCGACGGGGCAGCUCCGCAUUGGCGACCUCGGCUUUGACUACGUGUACACCCAUUCCGGGAAUAGGAACUGGGAUUUCACAGGCUCGAUCAGCCUGGGUCCGCAGCAGACCACGCUGAUGGCAGUUGCCGUUUCCCUCUUUGGCGUUGACCCUGCGACGCUACCGAGCUGGGUGAGCGCGAUAGCAAUUCAAUCUGAUCUCCCCAAAAUGGGAGCUUUCGUACUACAAGGUAGUGAGUUCCAGGCCCUGGAAGACAAGAAGCAAGCCUUUGCCGCCUUGCGCGUAGGACGGACAGCCGAGUAUAUCGUCUCAUUAUUCCGUUGCCAGCUGGCGGACAAGUCGACUGUGGCGUUCUACCAGAUUCAGAAGAAACGUUCAACAGAGGGCACUGCUGCCGCGAAACCAAAACGAGUCAUGAUGCUGUCGGUUGCGGGACUGCAGCCGAUUGAGAAUGUGCCCAUGGUGGGGACGGUUCGUGCCCCCUUUGAGGAGAUGAUGUUCCUCUGGGUCCUCGACGGGAACGAGCCCUCGGUUGGGCUGACCAGGGCCGAGCUGGACGCCCUCUCGAACUUCAUGCAGGACCAGCCAACCUUCCCACGGCUACGGUACCAGGAGAACCUCAAGAAAAAGAAGACUGCUGACAAGUCUAACAUGGCGGCUGCGAAAGGCGAUGACGAUGUACUAUUGAAACCCGGCUUCCAUUUUCUGGUGGUGGCCGAAGGGAAAGUGAUUCUCGACUAUGUUUUCGGGCACAAGACGGAUCCAAACAAGACGAAAGCGAACGACGAGACGAAGGACAGCAGCAGCCUGGUGACCCCAGCAACGACAACGCCCGUGAACAAAACGUUUGGCCCGCUGACCAUUCUGGGGUUCGGUCUGAGUUUCGACAUGCUCGCGCGGACGCUCUCUCUCACCCUAGACGGGACGCUUGAUCUGGGGCCAGUUGGAUUCACCUUUCUGGGCUUUGGCUCCUCGUUCACCUUCAGCAAAGACACGACCCUGCGCGACUUGGACGGCGUGAAGCCAGAGUUCCAGUUGCGCGGGAUCGGAGCAUCGCUGCACACGCCUCCCCUGUCAUUAGCCGGCUUGCUGGAGCACGGGAAAACUUCCGACAACCAUUCCUACUACCAGGGGGGUGCUACGGUAGGGUUUACUCCGUAUCUUCUCAACGCAUCGAUCUACUACGGCGAGAACUCGCGCACCGUGACAACCGGAGAGGAGUUCAUCGCGAGAGAAGCUGAUCUGGGCUUUCUACUGCUCGACAGACAGCAAAAAGAGGAAACAUACUCAGCGUUCCUCGCAUACUGUUCGCUUUCCGGUCCUCUGUUUACGAUCGGCUAUGCGGAGAUUCGCGGACUGACUGGCGGGUUUGGCUACAACACCUCGAUUACCAUGCCCACCAUCACCCGAGUGCUCGACUUUCCCUUUCUGAAUGUACCACCCAGCGACGACACUAAGGGCGCCCAGGUAGCACUGAUGGGCAGCGGCUGGUUUGGUGUGCGCGAGGGCUCCUUCUGGGUCGCCGCCGGCCUAACCGUGCUUGCGUUCGAGAUCCUGGCCGUCAGCGCCGUCGUGGUAGUCGAAUGGAACCCGAACGUGACCAUUGGUCUUUUUGGCGUUGCAACGGCUGAGAUGCCGCGGGACCCAAAGGCAGAGACCAAGUUUGCUCGGGUGCAGCUGGCUCUCGCCGCAACCCUCGAUGUCAAUGCUGGCGUCCUGUUGAUCGAUGGCCAGCUGACUCCCGCGUCCUUCAUUCUCGAUCCCCACUGCCAUCUCACGGGAGGCUUUGCCCUGUACAGCUGGUUCGGAGACAGCGUGUCAGAGUUACAGGGAAGCUGGGUAUUUACAAUCGGUGGCUACCACCCGCGUUUCAAGGCCCCGACACAGUAUCCAACGCCCCCACGGCUUGGGAUCAGCUGGAGCUUCAGCAACGCGAUCAACAUCACCGGCGAGGCCUACUUUGCCAUGACGCCCCAGGUAUGCAUGGGCGGCGGCCGACUGCAUGUCACGCUCUCUGUAGGCCCUCUGACCGCGUAUUUCGACGCAUACGUCGACUUCUUGAUCCAAUACCGGCCCUUCCAUUUCGAGACGCAGGGCGGGCUUGCCGUAGGCAUACGCUACACGCUCGAUCUGUGGCUGGUGUCUAUCCCCAUUGCCAUCGACAUCAGCGCUACACUGUACCUCGAGGGGCCCCCGGUCGCCGGCCGGGUCCAUGUCGACUUUUGGGUCUUCGGGUUCGAUAUCAAUUUUGGAACGCGCGAGGUGCGCCCUGCAAACGUCCUCGGCCUAGAGGAAUUCUACAAUCUUGUUCUUCAGGCAGAUACAACCCCUUCGACGGCGCUGCUUGCCAAUGGCGAAGAUGCCCUCAGCGCGCCGCCUGUCCCUUGGAUCUUUUCUUGCACAAGUGGUCUGCUGACAGUAUCCAGCACCGGCUCCGAGACCAAGGAUACUUCGCUCUGGGCUGUUCGUGGGGCCAUAUUCACCUUCAAGAUCUCGUGCAAGUUCCCCUUUGACCACGCAGACAUCACGACGGAAUCCACAGGGGAAACACUGCCAGCCAGGCUUGCCCCGGCGGGGGAAAUCUCCUCCCGCCCAAUGGGGCUGCAAGCAAAGAUGACCUCGUCUACACUAAAGGUCAAAAUUACACGACUUGCUUCAUCUAGUGCUAACUUCGAAGGCGAUGCGCAACAGCAACAGCAGGAGCAGCCCGUCUGGAACAAGAACACGGGCGCGACCACUGCGAUCCCUGUUGCGCUCUGGGGCAAAGCUGUGCAGCCGGGCGAAGACCUCCUCGACGGCCAUGCCAAAUCCACCAUUGCUCUCAACACCGAGCUCCACCUGCAAGCUCCGGGGGAGAAGUUGACAGAGGACGCGGUGGCCAAAUUCGCCGCGGAGAAGACGAUGGGACAGGUUGCUGCACACGCGGCCUUCCCGCGGUCAACAGAGGUCGACGAGCGCUGGGAUCCCGCGAAACCAGCGGCCGACGCGAUGGAGCAGUUUGCGAGUGUUGCCCAUACCUGGGAGCAUCCCGAGAUGGGAGACUCGACCGCGAAAACUGCAUGGCAGGAAUGGGCGCUGCUGAUGGGGAGAGAUGCCCUGGGGCUGGAUGUGAAGGCUGACCCGCCGCGGCAGCUGAUGGGAAGUCGGCUCAGCGAGGUCUAUACGGAGGCACCGUUGCUGACAGGAGAACGCCUUCGCCUGGCUUGUUGCAUCUAG